UGUUAAUUAUCUCACGGAACUUACAGAAGCCAGAAGGCAAACGUUCCCACCUUCAGCAACGCUUUGGCCCCGCUAGCCGCAGAAAAUGUAUCGUUUUCGGCAGUUUCGUUUGCUUUUAUGGAAGAAUUUUCUUCUGCAGUUCCGUCGCCCGAUAGGGACUAUUUUCGAAAUAGUACUCCCCGUCGUUUUUGUUGCAAUUUUGAUCCUGUUGAGGCUUAUUUUAAAGCCGGAAGACGAAUGUUUUGCAAAUUUUGACAGCUCAGUACUGAAAGAGAAGAACACAUAUUUGGAUAAAAGAUUCCAGUCGGAUGUUCUCUACAAGGCUAAUGCUGAACUUGCAGGACAAAAGGACUUAAAAAAGUUAAAUGCCUCAAAAGCUUUCAUUGCUUACCAUCCUUCUAAUAAUGCAACUGAUGAUCUUAUGCGUAAUGUGGGAAAGAUUAUGGGCAUUAAACUUGAAAACCGCACAUGGACAUCUGAAAAUGAUAUGAUAGCUUCUGUUUCUGAGUUAGAAGCAAAGUAUUAUGGAGCUGUUUCCUUUUUGGAAAUGGAGAAGAAUGCCAAAGAAUUACCAAAAGAUAUAAAAUAUGCCAUCCGACUUCCUGCUCAACGUUGGCUCACUGCAAGGUCUUAUCCCUUCUUUCAAGCUCGAGAACCUCGGGAGAGUGAAAAAAGUUUGUACAGCAGUCGUUUUCUCUUCCUUCAAUAUGCAUUGGAUGCAUCAAUCGCCCAGAUUCACUCCAAAUCAAGCCAUCCUCACCUGUUCGAACUUAAGCAAUUUCCGUAUCCAACCUACCGCAGAGAUUACUUUAAUUCAUCUGUCGCAACAACACUUCCAUUGCUACUGACGCUUGCCUUUAUCUACACUGCCAUGAUGAUUGUGAAGGAACUGGUGUACGAAAAACAAUGUCGCUUGAAAGAGUCUAUGAAAAUGAUGGGUUUAUCCAACUGGAUACAUUGGCUUGCGUGGUUUACAAAAUCAUUUCUCUUUUUGUUCAUUUCAGUGGCUUUGGUGACCGGCGUACUCUCGGGGGCGAAAAUAUUAGAAAAUUCUGAUGCUUCUGUUGUCCUUGUUUUUUUCUUGUUGUAUGCUACUGCUGGUAUAGCGUUCUGCUUUUGUUUAAGUGUGUUCUUUUCAAACGCUAUCUUGUCCAUGCUGUUUUCUGGUGCAUUGUGGUUCAUAACGUACGUGCCAUUUUUAUCUGUGGCCAACGAUCAGACUUAUGAUGGACUGGAUUCAGGAGCAAAGGCUGCCAUAUGUCUGUUGGUAAACAGCUGUCUUGGUAUUGGUGCUAAGAGUUUCUCCGUGUACGAAGAACGAGGCGUUGGCGUUCAGUGGAGCAACAUCGCCGACUCUCCUUCGGCCGAUGACGACUUUAGUCUUGCCCAAGUCAUGCUGAUGUUCGUCGUUCAGAUAGUUAUUUACGGCUUUAUCGCAUGGUAUGUUGAGGCUGUGUUUCCCGGAGACUAUGGCAUUUCUAACCCACCCUGGUUCUUCGUUACGAGGUCCUACUGGUUUGGAACAGCUUCAGGCAAAGUUGAUAAUAGUCAAGAAGCAACCGUUAUGUCGAACCUUCAUCUCAAAAACCCGGACUAUGAAGAGGAGCCCACGGACCUGGAAGUCGGUGUUUCCAUUUGUAAUUUGAGGAAAGUUUUCAAGAGUUCCGUCGGGAAGAAAGUUGCAGUGGACCAGUUGUCGUUCAACAUGUUUAAAGGGCAAAUUACAUCACUCCUUGGGCACAAUGGAGCAGGCAAAACAACAACGAUGUCAAUUCUAACCGGUCUUUUCUCGCCUACCUCUGGAACUGCUUACAUCAAUGGCUAUAGUAUUUUGACUGAAAUGGAUCGAAUUCGAGAUAGUCUGGGGCUUUGCCCACAGCAUAACGUGCUCUUUGAUAAACUCACUGUGAGAGAACAUUUGAAAUUCUUUGUUAAUUUGAAGGGUAAAUUUGGACCAGAAGCAGAACAUGAGAUCAAUUCAAUGAUAAAUGAUAUUCAACUCGCAGACAAAGCGAACUGGCAGAGUAGAUUACUAUCCGGGGGUAUGAAGCGAAAACUGAGCUGUGCUAUUGCUCUCAUUGGUGGCUCUGAGAUUGUAUUCCUUGACGAACCCACUUCCGGAAUGGAUCCGUACGCCCGCAGAGCCACAUGGGAUCUCUUGCUGAAGUACAAAGCAGGAAAAACCAUCAUCCUGACCACUCAUUUCAUGGACGAAGCAGAUUUUCUUGGGGAAAGAAUCGCUAUCAUGGCUGACGGCCAGCUGAGAUGUUGUGGAAGCUCCUUGUUUUUGAAGAGCAGGUACGGUGUUGGGUACCGUUUAACUCUAGUGAAAGCCGCUGACUGCAAUGUUGUGGCGACAUCUUCGUUGGUAUACAAUCACGUGCAGGAUGCGAAGUUAGUCAGUGAUGUUGGUGCUGAGCUCGCGUUUAUUUUGCCAAGUCAGAGUUCGUCUGGCUUUGAAACUUUGUUUACAGAGUUGGAAAAAAGCAAGGAGAAGCUGGGCAUUAGCAGUUUUGGUGUGUCAGUAACAACAUUAGAGGAUGUGUUUAUCAAAGUUGGUGAAGGAUUUGAACAGACUGUAGAUGAAGUGGUUGAGGGAAAGGAAGCAGAGGAGGAUACGCACAGCGUUGACGUUCUCGCUGAUCCAACAUUACAACUGGACCACUCAGAACUCUUGACUGGCAUUCCGCUGAAGCUUCAUCAAUUCAAGGCGAUGUUCAUGAAGAGAUUCUUACAUUCCAAGCGAAACAAGGGAGCGGUGUUGACCCAGCUCGCUCUGCCGUUAAUCAUGACAGUCAUUGCUCUUAUUCUUGCGAAAACCGUGCAACCUAUUGAUGACGAACCCUCCAGAUUGUUGGGCUUCAGGAAUUUGAGCGUCGAUAACAAAAAUACCAAAUCGUUGUAUGCAAGUUUCCCCUCGGGAAACAAAUUAUUUGAGGGAGUUAAAGACUAUCUUGGAAAAACGCAGAAAAACGUGCCCAGUAACAUUGAGAAGGCGAUGAUCUAUCUCAAGUCUAACAACAGCGGUGACAAGAUACUGGUUGAUGGAAAAACAUUGGACACAACUCCGGAGAACUGUUGUAAAAUGCCUUACCAAAUUAUCAAUGAGAAAUGCCGGCAGAAUCUGGAGCCCAAAACCCGUGAAUGUACACCGAAAGGUUACACGGAAUGUGUGGAUAAAUGCCUAAAUAAUCCAACAAGCACAAAAGUUUGUCCUAUUCCGCUGAGAGACACAAAGACCGAGGCUUGGUCCACAUUCUUUGAGCAGUAUGUUUUGGAAAAUAGCGACCCAAAAGAAUAUUUCUUUAACACCAUUGCUGGUUUCAUGGUUGAAAAAGAUACUGCAACAAACGAAUCAUUUUAUAGAACCUGGUAUAGUAAUGAGGGCCUUCAUACGGUUGCAGACAGUGUUAAUGUUAUGAGUAACUUGAUCUUAAGAAGUCUGUUCAAUGAAUCGUAUAAAAUCUCAGCUUACAACCAUCCUCUACCCUACAGCACGGAAGGAAAGGCUGAGAACGUUAACAGCGAUUUCUCAUCCCUCUUGCUUGCAAUUUUCAUCAAUUUUGGGAUGUCCUUUUUGGUUGCAAGUUUUAUCACAUUCCUUAUCCUGGAACGUGAAUCUAAGGCUAAACACAUCCAGUUCAUCAGUGGAGUGGAUACGAUCAGUUUCUGGUCAGCGACAUACCUGUGGGAUUUCAUUAACUACAUGAUCCCAGCAACCUGUGUGAUCAUUCUGUUCCUGAUCUUUCAAAUUGAUGCGUACUCCGACAGCGAAACCCUUGGCUCUAUUUACUUUUUGUUGAUCCUUCAAGGACUUGCCGCAAUUCCGUUUGUGUAUUGUUUAUCGUAUAUUUUCAAAACUCCUUUGGUUGGUUACUCCAUAACUGUUCUCGUCUUGGCUUUCCUUAGUCUGGGACUUCUUAUCACCGUCUUCACACUUUUUGGAGAAGACGAAGAUUUGGCCAAUAUUAUUCACUAUAUAUCCCUUCUCGUCCCGACAUAUGCAUUCUCGAGUAGUUUUAUUGACAUGAACAGGAAUUAUGGUUUCAGAAAAAGGUGCACCGCUUCCCCAGGUACUGUCAAGUAUUGCGAACUCCUCGGAAUCAAAUACGCCGACCACUCUUUAAACUGGGAGUCUUAUGGCGCCGGCAAGCAAUGUCUUUACCUUGCUCUUGAAGCAAUAUUUUACUUCAUCCUCUGUCUAUUAUUACAGGUGAACUUCUUUCUGAGCGCCCGAAAACAGGACCGUCUUCCCAACACAACUAGCGACAGUACUCCAGAGGAUUCGGAUGUCAUGGCAGAAAAGGAACGUGUCGAUAAUUUUAAUUUCGAUUCCUUGGGAGACGAAGCUAUUGUUUUGAAAAACCUUACAAAGGUAUACCCGGGAGCAACACGUACAGCCGUGGAUAAUUUGAGUCUUGGAGUGACCAAAGGGAACUGUUUUGGAUUGCUCGGGAUCAAUGGCGCGGGAAAAACAACAACGUUUGGAAUGUUGACCGGAGAGUUUCCAAUCUCAGCAGGCACAGCUUAUCUUGAUGGUUAUAAUAUCCAGACUCAGUUGCGAAAGGUUCAACAGCGUAUUGGCUACUGUCCACAGUUCGAUGCACUGAUUGGGAAUCUCACUGGUCGCGAGAUGCUUGAAUUGUAUGCACAUCUCAGAGGUGUACCGUACGAUAAAAUGGAAGAGCUUGUUGAACACACGAUUGAGAGCUUGAACCUCGGCCACUGGGCGGAUAAAAUGUGUGGAACGUACAGUGGUGGAAAUAAGAGAAAACUCAGUACAGCCAUCGCUCUCGUUGGGAAUCCACCAAUCGUCUUCCUUGACGAGCCUACGACAGGAAUGGACCCUGGUGCAAGGCGCUUCCUUUGGAAUUACUUGAUGUCUGUGAUUCGUGCUGGAAGAUCAAUUGUUCUUACAUCUCACAGUAUGGAGGAAUGUGAGGCGUUGUGUACACAGUUAGCCAUUAUGGUCAACGGGAAGUUCAAAUGUCUUGGUGGAACUCAACAUCUUAAGAGCAAGUUUGGUUCUGGUUACACCCUCAUGUUAAAGGUCGCUCCACCUGAUAUGAACGUUGUGUCAUCGGGACCACCAAGUCCAGUGGCUGUACUCAGCACCGAGCAAGAAUAUUUCGAUCCAAAUCUAGGUCAAGCUCCAGGCUAUGUAUAUGGCAACCCAUCUGCUCAAACUGGCACAAACAUGUCAACACUCGACGGUUAUGUUGAACAAGCGAAAUUGUUUGUGCAACAAACAUUCCCUGGCGCAGUGCUUGAGGAAUCCCGUCAGGGUAUGCUUACUUACCGCAUCGCGAGCCAGAACAUGCAAUGGUCUUAUGUUUUUGGAGCUUUGGAAAAGUCCAAACAACGUCUGGGCAUUGUCGACUACAGUGUGAGUCAAACUACCCUGGAACAGGUCUUCCUCAACUUUGCCAAGCAUCAGUUCAGCGAGGAAAGGACCAUGUUAAAGAAAAAAAGGUGUUUCUGUUUUUAACUGUGAUUAUAUAUGUCUCAAAGUAUAUCUGUAGAUAGGCGCAGCCUGUCCUUUUUUAGCUUCUUAGUUUUAGUUUCAAGAAACGCAUCAUAAAUAUAUAUAUACACAUAUGUUUAGAAAGACUAUCUAGCUAGCUAGGGUUCUGAGUCUUGGAAAUAAACACGGAAAAUGUCGUAACAUCAUAGCUCGUUAUAUUAUGAUGUUAUGAAUUAAGUAAUUUGUUUGGUUAUACGAAUUGUUGGAAAUACUAGAACUACCUAGAAGGUAAACUUCUUUUGUUUCUAAGGAUUUUUCGCAACGUUCUUACGAAGAAAAGCGUACACAUUACAUCAUAGUUGAACAUUGUCAGUUUUCCUGUUGUUUCCAACCUCCAAAAUGACGUGUGUUUCUUACUGUAACCUCGGUUUCACCGGCAAUAUUAAUUGGGAAUAUUAAAAAUAUAAUAGAACUCUAGGUUAGGGUUGGUUUUAGGGUUAGUUUUAUAGUUUUUUCCCAUGCGAAACCGAGGAUAUUCAGUCGAAAGAAAAUCACGUCGUGUCAUUUUAGUGACUACAUAUUGUCAUGCAUUUGAGCACCGUCAUUGGAUUGUAUUGUUAAAAGAAUAUGCUAUUGUGCACAAAAUUAGAAAUACUCGUUAAAUAAUAGCUGUUUUCCGCAAAUAUAGUAUGAUACCGUGAACAAUAAGUUUAAAAAACGAAACAUUCAGAUAAUAUUCAGUCGUUUUUACAAAAAACAAUAGAACCUGAUGUAAAUGCAUUAUGAUUGUAAUUCGCUAUGAAUUAUUAAUUUGUAACAUGAGCUAUUCCCUAGCAACUGUAACG